AUGCUAUCGGCUACCUCGGAGGACGCUUCACUGUCUUUCACGCUGGACUCUGGAGCCUCACACUGCUUCUUCCGUGACAGCACGACACUUACACCACUUCCUGCGCCUGUCUCUGUGGCGCUGGCUGAUCCCACCUCGGGACCAGUCACUGCGCGUCACACUACCACUUUGCCGUGUCCUGCUGCUCCCUCCGGGUCUCUCACUGGGUUUCACGUCCCCUCGUUCUCCCGGAACUUGGUGGGCGUGCGACCCCUCGUGAGUCAGCACGUGGGUGUGUGGUUUGAGCCUUCUGGGGAGACUGCGGUGUGUGUUGACGGGGACUCUUACCAGCCUCUGGCCACCUUUGCUGCUGAGCCGGGCUCCGGUCUCUACACUCUUCACACUGGCCCGCGUGCACGGCAGCGGCCGCAGCAGCAGCAGCAGCAGCAGGAGCAGCAGCAGCAGCAGCAGCAGCAGCAGCAGCAGCAGCAGCAGCAGCAGCAGCAGCAGCAGCAGCAGCAGCAGCAGCAGCAGCAGCAGCAGCAGCCGCAGCAGUCGCCGCCGCCGCAGCAGCAGCAGCAGCCGCAGCAGCCGCCGUCGCAGCAGCCCCUACUCCCUGUUCCUGUCCCUCCCCCUUGUCUCCUCCCUGCGUCUCACCAGGUGGUUACGUCCCCUCAGGUAGUCGCGUCCAGUCCAGUCGCUGCGUCUUGCUCCUGCAGGUCGCUUGCCCACCCCACCGUUCUGUGGCACCACCGGAUGGGGCACCCUUCUCUUCCACGUCUGCGCGCUAUGUCUAGUCAGCGUCUGGUCUUAGGUCUCCCGCGUGUCUUGCCGUCGCUGCCGCCUUGGCCCUGA